AGGUGAAAAGGCGAGUCAAGAGCCUUCAGCCGCAGUUGGCUUGUGGAGUCGGUCGGUCGGAGUAGUCUGUUCAGAAGCGCCGCGAAGCCGCGAAGCGACGAGCGCCCCGCCGGACGGACAGACAGACGGACAGGGAAGGACAAGCGAGCGUUGAGUCGCGUCCAGGCCGUGCAGGCCGUCCAGGCCGUUCAGAACGCGAGGCAGACCGCGAGGCAGUGCGCGAACCGAGUCGACCGCGGCGGGACAAGCACAGGGCACGGAGGUACUUGACUUUGUGAAUGGGUGUGAGAGUGAUUAUGUUGGGGCGGGGAGUUGCCCCAUGUGCAUCAUCGUGGUGAGAGUGUCUCAAGAGACCUGACAGCACCUGACAGCGCGCCGCCCAGCAAGCCAAGCAAGCAAAGCAAGCAGCACACGCCGCCAAGCACGUCUUCACCUGCCCAGCAUUCGCAACCGCGCUGUCCUAGCCCUCAGGGCCCCCAGCCGCCAGGAUGGUGUUCUCGUACUCAGGGGACGACGACGGCCCCACGAAGCGCAAGACCCACAACAACGACGACGUGGUGACGGUGUCGGUGACGGGCGGCUACACGAAUGAGGCGUUCAAGGGCGAUGGCGACGGCCUGGGCGACGCCAAGCACAAGCAGCCCGCGCUCAGCGGCACCGAGGAGGACAUGAUCCCCGGGCUGGACGGCAAGUGCCGCCUCAAGCCCGGCGAGAAAUGGCGCAUCCUCAAGAACAUCGCGGCCGUGAGCUUCGCCUUCAUGGUGCAGUUCACGGCGUUCCAGGGCACGGCCAACCUGCAGAGCAGCAUCAACGCGCGCGAGGGGCUGGGCACGGUGUCGCUGUCGGCGGUGUACGCCGCCCUGGUGCUGUCGUGCAUCUUCGUGCCCACCUUCCUCAUCAAGAGGCUCACGGUCAAGUGGACGCUGUGCGCGUCCAUGCUGUGCUACGCGCCCUACAUCGCGGCGCAGUUCUACCCGCGCUUCUACACGCUGGUGCCCGCCGGCGUGCUGCUCGGCCUGGGCGCCGCGCCCAUGUGGGCGGCCAAGGCCACGUACCUGACGCAGGUCGGCGCCGUGUACGCCAAGCUCACGGACCAGGCCGUCGACGGCAUCAUCGUGCGCUUCUUCGGCUUCUUCUUCCUGGCCUGGCAGACGGCCGAGCUCUGGGGAAACCUCGUCUCCUCCUUGGUGCUCUCGUCCGGCGCGCACGGCGGCGGCGGCGGCUCGGCCAACUCCUCGCAGGCCUCCGAGGCGAGGCUGUCACACUGCGGGGCCAACUUCUGCGUCCUCAACACACACGGCAAUGACAACUUGGAGCGGCCGCCGGACUCGGAGAUCUACGAGAUCUCUACCAUCUACCUGUGCUGCGUGUUCGCGGCCGUGGCCUUCGUCGCCUUCAUGGUGGACCCCCUCUCUCGGUACGGUGAGAAGCAGCGCAAAGCCGAGGCCGAGCUGACGGGCAUCCAGCUGCUGUCCGCCACCGCGUACCAGCUCAAGAAGCCCUACCAGCAGCUCCUCAUCCCCAUCACCGUCUGGAUCGGCAUGGAGCAGGCUUUCAUCGGCGCCGACUUCACCCAGGCCUACGUGUCGUGCGCCCUGGGCAUCCACAACGUGGGCUACGUCAUGAUCUGCUUCGGCGUGGUGAACGCCAUGUGCUCGCUGCUGUUCGGCUCGCUCAUGAAGUUCGUGGGCCGGUCGCCGCUCAUGGCGCUGGGCGCCGUGGUGCACGCCGUGCUCAUCGGGGUGCUGCUCAUGUGGCGGCCGCACCCGGACUCGCCGCUCGUCUUCUUCGCCAUCUCCGGGCUGUGGGGCGUGGGGGACGCCGUCUGGCAGACGCAAGUCAACGGCCUGUACGGAACGCUGUUCCGGAGGAACAAGGAGGCCGCCUUCAGUAACUUCCGCCUGUGGGAGUCGGCCGGCUUCGUGGUGGCCUACGCCUACAGCACGCACCUGUGCGCGCGCAUGAAGCUCUACGUGAUGCUGUGCGUGCUGCUGCUCGGCGUCACCGGCUACAUCAUCGUCGAGUUCCUGCACAUGCGCAAGAAGAGGCGCAUGAAGCGGCUCGCCGAGGACCCCAAGGCCGCCGCCAAGGAGGCCGCGGCCGCGGCCGAGGCCAGCAAGGCCGCGGGCAGCCCGCCCCCCAUCGAGGAGACGGACGACGAGCAGGACGAGGCCGACGACGACAUCAUCGUCACCCACCUCUAGGCCGUGUCGCGCCUAGUGCGCACACCUGCCGCCAGAGCGCGCCAGCGGUGUGUGUGUGUUUGUGUGUGUGUGUUGGGGAGCUUCGGAAACGCGAUGAGAGACACUGACCAGUGCGAGUCCGACCGUCUUCUGUCGCCCCCAAGAUAGUCAUGGAAGUGUUACUGCCCCCGGGCGAGCCCCGGCAAGCCCACGGGGAGGAGACAAUGUCUGUCCGGCACUGUACAGCCAGCACACGCGAAAUUGUGUUGCCAUAAUAACAUCACUGAAUGUAUCAUGAUAAUGAAUCAAUCCGGAGGUCGAGCGCGCUGCCCGGCUCUGCCCUUCGCCAAGGUCACGCCAAGGUCAUGUCAAGGUCAUGCCAAGGUCGCGAAGGGCCGGAGCAGCGGGGACGCGGCGGGUGUCGCAUGGAGCCGCUCCCGCCCCCGCUGCUCCGCGAGCCGGGCAGCCGGAUAGCCGGAUGUGGUCGAGAAUUAAAAGUGGAUUCGGAGCACGAGUGUGUGUGCGUAGUCCCGGUGAGCCAGGCCAGCCCGCCUGUGUGAAUGUAUGUAUGUGUGCGUGAGUGUGUGAGUGUAUAUGUGUGUGUGUACGUAGUCUCAUUUUUUUUUGUGCUAGUGAACGGCGAGAGGAGCUUGUACACAUUGUUAAUAAUAUUCAUUCUUAAUUUUACGUUGCAGUAUAAGUAUGCGAUUCGAUGAUUGCGAACGGUUGAGAGGGGUCAUGGAGGGGCCAUGGAGGGGCCAUGGAGGGGCCCGGGGCUCUGCGCGAGGAGGCUGGUCCUCCCCCGCGCGCGUCGCGGCCCCGCCCCGCCCCGCCUCGCCCCGCCAUGCCCCGCCACGUCGCCCCGAACUGCCUCGCGUAGGUAGCGCCUUCCUUCCUGUAAAUAUGCAUCACAUUCGAAGGAAGGCUCUCGCCAGGCAGUCCCCACGCAGUGGCACACAGUGGCAAACAGUCCCCAAAAGCCCCGACAUCACCGCGUCGCGCUCGUACCCCUUUGCCCGCCUGGCCCUGCCUUGCCCACUUCCGGCGGCGGGCCGUCCACACCGGAAGUGGAGAGGCUCUGAAAAACGGCGAACCGGAAGUGGCCGCGACGCCCGAAAUUGGCGGUCGCUGGCUGCAAGCGUUGCAAGGGAGGAGACGCGCUGGGCGCUCGGCAGCCCUCGGGCAGCCCCGUUCCCGUUUCGGACGAGUGUCCUGCCCUCUGCCCUCCCCGUCCUGGCGCCCUGGCGCCCUGGCCCUGGCGUCCUGGCCCUGGGUCGGUCCCGCGACGGCGCGACGCAUGCGCGUGUGUGCGACCAGCACACGGCCAGCACACGGCCAGCACACGGCCAGCACACGGCACACGGCUCCAGCGAAAGUUGAAAGUGUUGGCGACCGCUUCGCCUCGCGGCCGCUCCUGCUCGCGGCGCCUUGCCUCGCGGCCUCACCCCUCACACCGCCUCGCGAUAGCGUAGCUCAGCCUCGCGAUGCCUCGCCGCGGGACGGGCUUGGGUCAGGCCGGUCAGGGCCUUGUAGACCGAUUCCGAGAGUCGUUUUCGUCGCGCUGUCUCUCUCGCACCUGGACGGGACGCCCGUUGAGUGCGAGAGAAAGAGCGACGAAAACGACUCUCGCAAUCAGCACUGGGGCGGUGACGAUUCGCCAGCGCCCUCGUCCUCGCGCGCAAUGGUACAAACUGUGAGAUGGAAUCGGAAUGAAAUCAAAUCAAGUUGCAACUUGCGGGUCCAUGUAAAUAGACAUUGUUGAACAAAUUUGUAGUUUGAAGCCGCAGAGAUAAGAGCCGGUAAGCCGGUAGACGCUGCGGAGAGGCUCAGGCAUGGCUCAGGCAUGGCUCAGGCCUGCAGGCCGGCACAGGCGCUGUCGUCUGAUAAGGCGCGCUUAGCAUGUCGCGCAGGCCUGCCAACCUGUCAGCCUGCCUUCGCAUCAAUAUUGUUGUUUUCUCUUAGUUUGGUCACAAUAUUUAUGGUUUUGCCAAGUGUAUUUUUAAAAUAUGUUCGUCGAUAUAAUGCCUUAAUUUCUUUCAUUGUAUUAUUAUCUUUUAAUUUCUUUUUGUUUGUAGAAUAGCUAAGGAGACCAUUUUUUAGUCUCUGGUACAAAGUCACCCAAUUCCGAUGCGCAAUGACGUUUCAUAAUUUCACUAUGUUUGAUCUUUUAUUAAUUCCUACUUCAAGCAGUUACGUUACUGAUAUGAGAGAAUGGAUUUCCCUGUUUUAUUCAGAUUGUAAAGCGAUUUGUUAAAACAGUGCUAAUGUAAAAAAGACAAGAUCUCGAUAUUUACACAAUUGAAAUGUUAAUAAAAACCAACAUUGUGUGUGUCA